CUCAAAAAGAUUUUAGAAGAUUUAGCAGGAAGUUCUCAGCUGGAAACCACGCGUGGGCCGAUUCAGAGAAAGUUAAACGUUUGUUUUGGCUGAAACGAAACUGAAAGAGUCGGGGAUGAACAGAUAGGGAGAGGAGAGGCGAAAUGACAGACAGAUCACUCGGAGGAGCAGAGAGGUGACACUGUGCAAGAUACUCAACACUUCAAACAUGAGCCUCCAGGUUUGCGGCUGCUGCGGCUGGUCCAAACAUACCACCUACCAAGGCCUGAGAACUCACCAAGGGAAGAUGGGAUGUACACCAAAGGGAAUGCGUAUCCCUGAGAGUCAACAAUACGGAUUUAACAGUUACACUCGCAACCUUACCUACAAUGGACCGCCUAUCAAACUAGAAGAGCCGCUGUGGAAUAUCUUCGGCUCCUCUCUCAACCCUGAUAGGGAACUUUGCGUCUGGAGAAAUCAAAGGGAAGAAUCCCAUCAAAAAGAAAGCGCACCAGUUCCUUGGAUCAGUCCAGUCAGAAAGGAGAAUGUGCCUGUGUCUCCAAACUUCACCUCCCAAAUCACUCCAACAGAAGCCACAGCAGUGUUCAAAUUGUUGCUGGCAUCUCAACAGCACUCUGUGCAAACACCGGCCACAAACUCAAACAACGCACUCCCGACACUUGAUUUCACCAGCGCUGCACAGCCUUCGCUGACGCCAGUGUCACAGAUCAUCAGCACCCAAGCUAGUCCUGCACCCACAGAGGUUACAGUGAAGGAAACACAGAAAUCACUGUUUGAAACUCCAGAGCGCUCCAGCACAACAUAUCAAACUGCCACCAAUGCUCGCCGAGUGCUUGAUUUCACCAGCAACGUGCAGGUGGGGCAACUGCCCUGGGAUGUUCCAACCACCACUGCUCAGGAAACAGCAGUUCGACCAAAGGAAAGAGAGAAGGAGGAGGAGAGGGAGAGGGAGAAGGAGAGGGAGAGGGAGAAGGAGGCUCAGAAACUACAAAAGGCACGGCAAGACAAGAUAAAAGCUGAUUUACAGCAGAAAAUUCAGACCAGGGAGCAGAAGCUGGCUGAAGUCACAUCAUCUGUAAAAGCCUGCAAGGGGGACUUGGAUGCUGAAUGGCUGGAGAUCAACAGCGUGUUUUCAGAGGUGAUGAGAGUUGUGGAGGACGCUCGGCAGAAAGCCCUUCAACCUCUGGAGGAGAGGAGACAGAGAGUGAAGAGAGAAGCACGGGACGUGGUAAAGAAGCUGCAAAAGGAGAUUGACAAGCUCAAAAAUGCAAUCGAUGAGUUGGACCAAAACCAAGACUCACAGGUUUCUCCUGGAACAGGCCUGAAUGAACCUCGAGACUGGAAAAAUGUCACUGUUGACACUUCCUUCUCCUUGGGUAGCCUAAGAACUACCACAUCAAACAUGAUUAAACUAAUUCAACAGAAAAUGGAAACACUCUCCUCUGUUGAGCUCAAGAGGAUUCCCACAUUUGCAGUGGAUGUAAAGCUGGAUGCAACCUCUGCACACCAAUGCCUUGUUGUUUCUGAAGAUGGGAAGACAGUGAGAGAUGGAGGAAAGAGCCAGAAAGGUCCUGAUGCUCCACGGAGGUUUGACAUGCACGGCAGCAUCCUGGGGCUCAACAGGUUGACGUCUGGGAGGUCAUACUGGGAGGUGGAGGUCUGCAACAAGACCGGGUGGGACCUGGGUGUGGCAAGACACGAUGCGAACCGCAAGGGGAAGCUCUCGCUGCAGCCAGAUAAUGGCUACUGGGUCACCGUACACUAUGAAGAUGAUAAGUACGCAGCCCUGACAGCUCCACCUGUCAGCCUCUCACUGAUGGCGAAACCUCAUAAGGUCGGGGUGUUCGUUGACUACGAGGAAGGUCUCGUGUCCUUCUAUAAUGUUACAGCUCGAUCUCACAUCUACUCCUUCACUGAGUGUUCAUUUGAUGAUGUGAUUUGUCCAUAUUUCAGCCCUCAUCUUAAACAAAAUGAGAAAAACUCUCAUCCUCUGGUGAUCUCUGCUGUAAACAAGCAGUAGUGGUUAAAUGAAGUGCAUGAAUUACUGGUGCACUGAAAGUCAGAAGUCAUUGUUCUGACAACCCAAAAUUCCAAAGCCCCGCUAGUCUGAAAAAUGGACUGAAAGCUCAUUUCUCUGGCAGCCUGUUAUCCCACAAGCAAACACCAAUUGGUCAGAAGUCCUGUUUCUCAGAAAAUACACACUCCCUGCAGCAAGACAGCCCAAUCAGCAGAAAAAAUGUUUGCAUUAUGCGUUUCUGUAGAUCACGAUAAGUUACAUUUGUCGACAAGGCUGUGGUUAAUGUGUGGUUCAGUUUAGGCAAAAAAACCACUUCGUUAUACUAGUUAAAAGAUCGUGUUUUUCUUUAAAUACCCACGUUUGGUGGCACAAAAGUUGCUAGAAAAGGUCAGUGAAAAAUACCCGGGACCAGGGUUCAAAUGCUGCUGGGAAACACCACAAAAGGUCAGCAAUAACACCCAAGGUCAGUGGCUAAAAUGAACUGAAAAAACGCAGCAAGGGGGCCAGUAAAAACAAAAGCAAAAACACCUGGGGUCAGGCCCAGGCAGCCAAAAUGACCUGGCCCGGAAUCGGCCUGAAGUCAGCAUGCUGGAUGAAAUUAGCUGGGCCAGGUCCGGUUGCUCGACUCGGCUGAGACUCGGCAUGAAUGAGGCCCCAGAAUCGGGCCAAAUCAGCUGGCUGGAUUCUGGCAGCCAACACUGCCAUCACUGGUGGGGCUCAAACGCCGUGGGUAAAUGCUGCGGAAGGUCGGCAAAAAUAUGCAGGAUCAGUGUCUCAAAUGCCGCCGAGAAACACAGCAAAGGGUUGGCAAAAACACCCAGGACUGGAGGCUCAAACGCCACUGAGAAACGUUAACUUGGUGCAGGGAGUGUGUAUUUUCAGAGAAACUGGACUUCAAGGCAAUGGGCAUUUGUUUUUGGUAUAACAUGCUUUUGAUCCAGCAGGCAAUUUUUCAGACUAGUGGGGCUUCGAGCCUCUGGGCUGUCGAAACAAAGGCCUAGCCCCCAAACGCACCACGCAAUAUAAAUGUAUGAGUUCAGGUGUACAUGAUGUUUCAUGACACCACUGAAGGGUUUAAAUGGGGUUUUCUGGCCUGGUCAUCUGAGGCGUUUGGAAAUUGUUAAUGCA